UAAUAUAUAUGUCUGUGAAUAACCAAACCAUCGGGAACAGCUCUCAGCAACCACAAUAAUAAAUAUUAUUCGAUUAGGUGGAGGUUUAUCUAAUGUUACGGCGGCUGUAGGUCAGUCUUCUCUCAUUUAUAGCGGUUAAUUGCUUCCAGACCUGGCAAUAUAGGAGUAUGUCAAUACAUUAGUUAGUUUAGAACUGUUACAUUCUAAAUACGGUUUUAACAAGAUUAAUUGCACUCAUAUUCCAACACUUUAUUCACAACACAUUGCGGUACUCUUAUAUUGCAGGAACUCCAGAUAGCCGCUAGCGAACGAGGCAAGCUAGCGAACGAGGCAAGCUAGCGAACGAGGCAAGCAAGCGAACGAGGUAAAAUAGCUACCGUGAUUCAGCAUUAAGAUUGCGGGCGUGUGCUGGAGCCUAUCCCAGCUGACUUAGGAAGAGAGGUGGGGGUACAUAACCUACAUGCAACUCCACACGGAGAUUCGAACCCAGGUCUUCCUGACUGUGUGGCCAACAUUCAGCUCAACCGUUAUAUCCUCGAAUGUACUACUAGCAAUACUUCCGCCAGGUGACCACAAACAUAUUCACAACACAUUGCGGUACUCUUUAAUUGCUGGAACUCCAGAUAGCCGCUAGCUAACGAGGUAAGCUAGCUAACGACGUAAGCUAGCUAACGAGGCAAGCUAGCUAACGACGUAAGCUAGCGAACAGGCAAGCUAGCUAACGAGGUAAGAUAGCUACCGUGAUUCAGCAUUAAGAUUGCUGGCGUGUGCUGGAGCCUAUCCCAGCUGACUUAGGAAGAGAGGUGGGGGUACAUAACCUACAUGCAACACCACACGGAGAUUCGAACCCAGGUCUUCCUGACUGUGUGGUCAACAUUCAGCUCAACCGUUAUAUACUUCCGCCAGCGCAACAUGGCGAGGGAGCAACAAUCACAAUCACGGUUCUGGAAGCUUGAGUGGGUGGAGACUAAAGCCGUGCUGGGUGGUGCAAAGCGGGGCCGUGGAGUCCCCCUGCACUCACUGGGCGCAUGAAGGCUGGAGGACAGUCGCAGCGCUUUCAUCCAAACUUCGUGAGAGUCACAAUACCCCCCCCCCUCGGGACACCAUGAGAGUCCUCCUCUUCAUCUGCAUGCCAGUGGUGCUGCUCGCCCAGGCUCAGUACCAGGAACCUUUUCCUUUCCUGGGGGACUACGGACCCGAUUAUUUCCCAGAGGAAACUGCUGGUUCUCUUGCUGAAAGGUUCGUGCAGCAGCUUGCAAUCGAACCUGUGGUUCAUCCACACAAACCGGACACCGACUUGGAGACGGAGCCCACGGAGCCCGGCCCCCUCGAUUGCAGAGAGGAGCAGUACCCGUGCACCAGACUCUAUUCCGUGCACAAGCCGUGCAAGCAGUGCCUCAACACGCUCUGCUUUUACAGUCUGAGGCGGGUCUACGUGGUCAACAGGGAGGUGUGCGUGAGGACCGUGUGCGCGCACGAGGAGCUGCUCAGAGCCGACCUCUGUCGGGACCAGUUCUCCCGUUGCGGCGUGGCGGCGGUGAGCGGCCACUGCGGGUCGGUGGGAGGAAGCUGCGGGAAGAGCUGCGGGGGCGGGUGCUGAUGAGGACGAUGAUGGCGGCGUUCCCACCCAGCCACCGGCCGUGUAUCUUUGCUACUUGUGUCGUGUACGUUUGCCUAUACUCCAAAGAAGCUUGAUGAUUGUAUCGAUGACUGGUGCUAUCCAACGUCACACUGGUGCUGCCCAUCCCAACACGCCACGAGCUGUCUGCGUACCGUCACCGUAUUAAUCGCUUUGUAUUUGUACUGUACUUCUUGUACUGUGGGGGUACUUUUCCAAAAAGCAGCCAAGAAGAUGACCUCAGCUUUUUCCACCAAAAUGCUUUGAGAAGACGCUUUGUUAAAGUCUCACUAUUAAGACCGACGUCAUAAUAAAGUUAAUAAAACUGUUUGUUUUUUUUAAAUACAGA